CAGAGAUGAAGAAGUAGUGUUGUUGUGUAUGUGUGUAUAUUUAUGUUUAUUCGACCUCAAUCCAUUAAAUCAGCACAAGGUUUUGGAUAUAUCCACCUGUUACAAAGUUUGAAUCUCUUCUACAUCUGCUAACACCUAUCACACACGUGCUCAUAAGUGUAAAUGUUUUAUGUGUCUAUUUUGUGUAUAUCUCAAUAGAAACUAAAUAAUUUGCAUCUUUGUAAAUGUUAAGCCUAAAAAGUUUGCAUUAAAAAAUAUUAAAAAAAAAUUAAACAAAAAAUUCAUAUAAACUAUACUAUCAAUGUUUUGCAUCUAACUAAAUUUAUAAUAAAAUAAUUAAGAGUGGGUAAGCAUAUAAAAAAUUGUAAAAAUAAAUUCCCAAGUGGAAGAAGUAAGGCCGCGACGGGGCAGAGCUGGUGGAGGAGGUGAAGACGUCAGGCGGACAAGAAGAAGACUAUUCAAUAUGGCUCCUUUUAAAUUGAAAUUUCGCAUGGGUGGCUCAAGGAGCACAUCCCAAGAAGUCGAUUCAGAUCCUCAGGUUAAUGAAGCUCUCCUCAAUCAUUCGACUACAAUUGGAGCUAGUAGUUCGACAAUUGAUUCAGCCGAUUGUACUAGUUUGGGAUCAAUUGGCAACGAAAGGAAAUCUUUGCUGCCAAAUAAAACUAAUAAUUUACGAUUGGGAUAUUUGAAUCCCACCAUAACCCAGUGCACAUCAGAAAGUCCUGUGCCGAAGAGCCCACCGCCUUCUUACGAACACGUUCUUGAGGAAAACACACGCCUUGCAAACAGUCUCGACUUAGGUAGUCGACUAACAUUGUCCGCUGAAGACGGUUGUAGCGGUCGUGACAGUGCUGGGGAUCAAUCUUCCAACAUUCGAAAGAGUACAUCGGGAAGAACUUCAUGCGAACAGAUAGAAAAUCAAUGCACAGAUCCUGAUUGCACUGAGAACACUGAAUCAAAUGAACAUAUCUCUGAGGACGCUCACAACAACAACAAUCAGCAGAGUCAGAACCAUUGUAACAACGUCGUCGUGCAGGAAGAAGAAGACGACGAUAACGAACCUGACAAUCGCAAGGAAUCAAUUGAUUCAACUGAAUAUUUAAUUUCUAGAAUGACGGCACCUUCGUCAGAGGAGAAUUUGUUAGACGAUUGUAGCGGUAGUGCCUGUCAUAGUUCGGAUAAUUCAGGAUUCUGUGAUCCUUUAAUGCAUGAAGCUCAUCAUAACCAAAAUAACCAGCAACAGGACUUGGAUUGUAGCAAUCACGACGAAUCACAGCAGAAUCAACCUCCGCCAGAGUACUCAGAGAACCAAGAGAAUCAGCAAAGUGACAGUGAAAGUGACGGUGGCUGGGACUCAAAUCAAAUGAGUCAAAUGAGUGGAAAUUAUUCACAACAGCAGGAGAGAUCGGAAAUUAUAAGUAACAAAUCAUCGAAGGAAAUUUACAAAGCCAUAUCCAAGCAAUGGGGUAUAACGUGCAAAAUGUCGGAUCAAUGUCGAUGCAUGGAGUGUCAAAGUCACUACUUUGAUUGCGAGUUUGAUGAUAAUGAUCAUCAAAAAACAGAUGGUGGACUUGGCGCUGGAACACCAAUGUUUAUUAGUGAAGUUAUGCAAGGAUCAGCUUGUACGAUUUUGUAAUUUUACUAAAAAAAACACAAACACAAACUAAACAAUUUUAAUCUGUUUACAAUGCGCAUAAAAAAAAAAAAAAAAAAAAACAUUUUAUAUCCUAGAUAUGAGAAAAAAAAAUCAUUGAAAUUUAACACUUAACAAUGAUGAAAUAUGGUAUUGCCUAUUGCACGACGAUUUCAUUAUUUAUCAUAGUAAAAAUUAAUUUAAGGUAAAUUGCACUGAACAAUUAUUAUCAUAUAACUUGGGUCAUUUGAAAUAAAAAAAAAAAAUAUUUGAAAAUAAAAAAAUAUAACUUAAUGGUUAUUUACUUAAAGUUAAGCAGUUUAUUUAAGAGAUCAAUUUGAAAGCUUACAUUGCUGUAAAUUUUACUUCAUUUCAAAGUUGGUUAUUUUGUUUGAUUUGGAAUAAUGAUGAAUGUCCUGAGACAAAUGCAUUAAUUUAAUACGUGUAUGGUUAACUUGACUUUAAGUGAAUAUCCUUCAAGUGUAAAAAAAUUUACCAAGUUUAUAUUAUAAUUAAAAAAAAAUCAUACAAUCUAGCAUACUUGCACAAAAAUGAGAAAAUAUAUUUUUCAAAAAGAAAAUUAAAAAAAAAAUGCCAAAAUUAAAAUAAAAUUGAUGCUAUGUAGUAUCUGCUCGCACAACAUUAACACAAAACCCACCUAAGAAUUAAGUUGUUUUUGUUUUUUUUUUUUUAGUCUACACUCUACACAUCUUGAAAUCUCAAGCUCUUGGCUUGGUUAAGCUUUAUUUUAUUUUUUG